ACUAUUUGACUUUAAUUCGUUUAAAUUUAAAUGUCGCUCCAAAAAAUGCAACGGUCGCUGAUUUUUCUUUUAUUAUUUCAAAUAGUUUAUUGUUCGCGAUUAAUGCACUACGAUAAAUACAGACUUUAUAGACUGACACCAAGAACAUUAUCGGCUGUGAGAGAAUUAAGACAAUUCGAGAAUAAAGGUGCGGAGAUCCAGUUUUGGACCAAUGUAAGAGAAAUUAAUGUGCCAGUGGACGUUUUGAUUCCGCAUUACGAUGCGCAGAAAAUUGAAAAGUUUAUCAGGAGCUACGAAGUGGAUGCGGUGCUGUUAAAUCACGAUAUCCAAGAAAAUAUUAACGAGGAGAAUGUUGGUAGUGAUCCUCUCGGAUUUGGAUGGACCAAAUAUUACAAUCUUGAAGAAAUUUACAAAUGGAUGAAAAAUUUACCAAAUGAAAACCCCGAAACUGUAAAAUUGUUUAAUAUUGGCGAAACAUACGAAAAACGAAACAUUUUUGGAGUACACAUAUCAAAAAACCACAGCGCAGGAAACAAAGCAAUUGUUAUAGAAGCAAACUCGAAUGCUAGAGAAUGGAUUACUUCAGCUGUUACAACCUACAUUUGCAAUGCAUUAUUAAAAAGUCCAGAAAAACAUUUAAGGAGUUUUGCUGAAAGUUAUGAUUGGUAUAUUUUGCCCAUUGCUAAUCCAGAUGGCUUUGCUUAUACGAAAACAAUAGCACGGCUAUGGAGAAAAACCCGCACGCCUCAUUCUCUCAUGUGCUACGGUACCGAUUUUAAUAAAAAUUGGAAUCCUGAAUUUUCAGCGAGUAAUCCAUGUUCUGAAAGUUAUCAAGGGCCUUCGUCCCUUUCAGAUAAUUCCGUAAAAAACCUCGCACAAUUUAUUUCAACACUUAGAGGCAGACUUGCUGGCUAUAUAGCAAUUAACUCUAAUGCUCAGAUGACGACAGAGAAAUAUAAAAAAACGAAGAAAGCAAGUCAAUUUUCAGCGACUGUAUCGUUUGGAAACAAAUACAAGGAAGGAAAUAUAUUAAUUGGAAUAGACAAUGAGAGCCAGGGAAGUUCUUCCUGGGUCAGAAAUAAUUUUGGCAAUGUGAUAUCAACAAUUAUACAAAUCCGUGAUAUUGGUAGAUAUGGUUUUCUUAUACCGUCUAGUCAGAUUAUACCUGUCGGAGAAAAAGUACUGGAUAUUAUUAGACAUUUAUUUUAAUAGAUUUUAUUG